AUGGAUCAGCAGGCAUGGUGGCCACCUGGCACCCAUCAAUGCCGCUGCUUCCCCGGCGACGAUUGCUGGCCGUCCCCACCAAUCUGGUCCUCCUUCAACCAAACCCUCAACGGGCGCCUCAUAGCCAUCGUCCCCAUUGCGAGCCCCUGCCACAACAGCUCCUUCGGCCCCUAUGAUGCCACCGCCUGUGAUCAGCUCCGCUCCGUCUGGGACUACACCUCAACCCAUAUUGAGACAUCGUCCUCUCCCAUGGCGUUCUUCUUCGCCAAUAUGAGUUGUGAUCCCUUCACGGCCCCUGAAGACCAGUGUGUUGUAGGUGCUUACGUUCAGUACGCUGUCAAUGCUACGACGGCAGAGCACUACCGGCUCACGAUGAAGUUUGCUCAAGAGCAUAAUAUUAGGUUGGUGGUUCGUAACACCGGGCAUGAUUACCUGGGUAAAUCGACGGGAGCGGGUGCCUUAGCGCUGUGGACGCACCACUUGCGGGACAUUGAGAUAUUGGAGUCGUACGAGUCGCCCUUCUACAACGGCACCGCCAUGAGGGUGGGAGCUGGCGUGCUGAGCUGGGAGGCACAGGAGGCCGCACAUGAGCAUGGCCUUGUUGUUGUGGGGGGGAAUGGGAGGACUUUUGGGCUUGCGGCUGACCAGGUACUCGAGUGGGAGGUUGUUACGGCGCUGGGAGAACAGAUAAUGGCCACGACGGAACAGAAUGAGGAUCUGUAUUGGGCGCUAUCUGGGGGUGGGGGUGGGACGUAUGCGGCCGUGUUGUCGCUAACAGUUAGGGCGUAUCCUGAUUUCAGGACGGCUGCGGCUAAUCUAACAUUCACGAGCGAGGGGGUGUCUAGUGACGCAUUUUACUAUGCAGUGCAGACGUUUCUUCUAGGUUUGCCUGGGAUCACCGAAGCCGGCGCCGUCUGUAUCUGGUUACUUGCACCAGGUGUUUUCCAGGUCCAACCAACAACGGCACCGGGCAUGACAAGCGAUGAGCUUCAGGUCUUUUUUCAGCCUACACUUGACGCGCUUAAAGACAAGGGGAUAGCACAUGACUAUCACAUUGCGGAGUUCCCCACAUAUACUGACAGCUUCUACGCCAUGAACCCAGCUCCCAACGUUACUAAACUCAAUGCCGGCGGCCGUCUUCUUCCACGCUCCCUCCUGGAGUCUAAAGAUUCCAUUGCAUCCCUCGUCGACGUUCUAGCUUUUUUAGUCGACCAAAACGCCGUUGUCUCUGGUGUCUCCAUUGAUGUAAGCCGUGCACCGGCGGCUCCUAAUGCCGUGCAUUCAGCCUGGAGAGAGGCCAUCGUCAGUGCUGCCAUCGGCACCCCUUACAACCUCACCAGCCUAGAAGCCAAUAUCGCCGGCCAGCGGCUCAUCAGCGACGUGCUAGACCCCAAGCUGGACUCCCUCAUGCCGGAGUCGCCAGCCGCCUAUCUGAACGAGGCCAAUUUCCGCGAGCCCGACUUCCAACGGCUAUUCUACGGUGACAACUACCAGAGGCUGCUGGAAGUCAAGCACAAGUAUGAUCCGUUGGGUGUCUUUUGGGGUACUACGGCUGUAGGUAGUGAGGGGUGGGCAAUAAAGGAGGAUGAGCGUCUGUGCAGGAUGUGACGAGGCAAGGGGGAACUACGAUAGGAUAAUGGGUGGUAAAUAACUGAUAUAACCAAGAGAAAAGGGGUAAUGAAAGAUUUAAAUGUCAUUUUUUUGAUUCAAUACAAGGUAUGAUAUAUACGGUGAUUGCUCCAUUAUCAGAAU